GGGGUGGGGGGCGCACGUACCCCUCGGCCCCGGCGAAUCAGAAGCCCCGCCUUGCGCAGGCGUUGGAUUUUAUCGCGUCGGACCUCAAGCUCCCUUCGAGAGAAGCCUCACCAUGUGCGAGACAACCCGCUCACAACCAUGGCCACCAACUCCAUCAAGCUGCUCACGGGCAACAGCCACCCUAAGCUGGCCAAGCUGGUCGCUGACCGGUAUGAGACUUGCGGCUCGUGAAGCUCUCCAGGGCUCCCCGCUCACUUCUUCUCUCCCCGCAGGCUAGGCAUCGAGUUGACCAAGAUCCUCGUCCUGCAAUACUCGAACCAGGAGACCUCCGUCACCAUCGGCGAGUCUGUCCGCGACGAAGAUGGUACUCCCGCAUUGUGCUCGCCGCUCUUUGCUACGCACCACUGACCACGCCCUUGCUCAGUCUUCAUCCUCCAGUCGACCGCGCCCGGCGACAUCAACGAUGGCCUGAUGGAGCUGCUCAUCAUGAUCAACGCCUGCAAGACCGCGUCGGCGCGUCGCAUCACUGCCGUCAUCCCCAACUUCCCCUACGCGCGCCAGGACAAGAAAGACAAGUCGCGGGCUCCGAUCACCGCCAAGCUCAUGGCCAACAUGCUGCAGACGGCCGGCUGCAACCACGUCAUCACCAUGGAUCUGCACGCCUCGCAGAUCCAAGGCUUUUUCAACGUCCCCGUUGACAACCUCUAUGCCGAGCCCAGCACCCUGCGCUGGAUCCGCGAGCAUCUGCCCGUCAAGGAGUGCGUCAUUGUCAGUCCCGAUGCCGGCGGUGCUAAGAGGGCGACGUCCAUUGCGGAUGGCUUGGACUUGGGCUUCGCCCUUAUCCACAAGGAGCGCGCGCGGCCCAACGAGGUCUCGAAGAUGGUGCUGGUCGGAGACGUCAGCGACCGCAUUGCCAUCAUCGUCGAUGACAUGGCCGACACCUGCGGCACGCUGGCCAAGGCGGCUGACGUCGUCAUCCAGCACGGCGCCAAGUCGGCCAUUGCGAUUGUCACCCACGGCAUUCUGAGCGGAAACGCCAUCAAUGCCCUGAACAACAGCAAGCUGGAGAGGAUUGUCGUCACCAACACGGUGCCCCACGACGACAAGAAGGAGCUUUGCCCCAGGAUUGAGACGAUCGACAUCAGCCCCACGCUCGCGGAGGCCUGCCGCCGCACGCACAACGGCGAGAGUGUGUCGUUCCUCUUCAAGCACGCUCCGGUCGAUUAAAAAAAAUAGAGACGGCAUGUUUACGAAUACCAUAAUGGCGUACGGCGUGAUGUCAGAGCGGACACCUCUAUAAACAGGCUCUCCGGUGUAUAGCUUGAGCGUUUCAUGCGAGAAAGAGGCUGGCUGGUCGGAACGGGAUAUCCCUCAAGGCCGUUUUCUUAGGGCAUACGUACUAAACAAAUCAAGAAACUCAUGCUCAGGCAGGUUGAAUUAUCAUACAUUACAGAUUGGUC